AUGUCAAUCAGUGGCCCUUGUGUCUGGUUGUCCUCGUUGUCGCCUCCGGCUACAUCCCACCUGUCUGCAAUCACAAACCAUCUACCAUCAGCUGCCUGGAAUAGCGAUCAGGCCCUUCUGCGGUCAAGGGGAAGCCUACCGAGGUUACCUUAUCCGGGGGAGAAGGGAGGCGAUUCGACUCCGAAGCAGACCGUCGAGAUGCAACCGAUUGCGGCGCUGAAGGCUGAGAAUGCCUUCACAGCUGCCGAGUCUACAGGCUCGUCCAGCCAUGGUCGGUAUCCUGUGGCAGAGAUGCCUCCCAAGGGAACCGACAACAGGAACACAGACGAGACGCUCUCACGAAUGAGACUGGAUAAGCUGAACCAUAGCGAGCCUCAUCUUCCUGAAACAUCACGGCCGGCCAGCCCCUCUGCUCAGAGAAUAUCGACCCCGGAAACGAGAAAGCGACCCCAGGAGGAGUCACAAGGAGACGAGCAGGAGAACGGUGAUAUAAUGACCCACUCAUCGGACGAGGGUGGCGACCAGAAGCAUUCCUCGGAUGCCAAAAACGACAAAAAGAAGAUGAAGCGAUUUCGUUUGACACAUAACCAAACGCGGUUUUUAAUGAGCGAAUUCACCCGUCAAGCGCACCCCGAUGCUGCUCAUCGAGAGCGAUUAUCAAGGGAGAUCCCUGGACUGACUCCCCGUCAAGUACAGGUCUGGUUUCAGAACCGGCGGGCCAAGCUCAAGCGACUUACGAGCAACGAUCGGGAAAGGAUGCUGAAGUCUCGGGCCUUACCCGACGAUUUUGAUACAACCCAGGUUCUUCGCACUCCAUUUGAUGGUAAAGCAUCAUCCGAGGCAUCUGUUGCGUCACCCCGAAACUACAUGACACCUCAUACGGACUCUAAUUCUCUGAAGAUGCUCCUCACGGAUGGAUUGCAGCGCAUCAACGACGACGACUAUGUGGUUUCUCCACUGAGCUCGACAUCCACGCCGGGUAACUGUUUCUCUUCGGCUGGCCCCGACAGAAACCCCGAUCAUUUCCCUCAACCGCUUGCUCGGCCAGCACCCGGAAUCCUUCCCGAGUUACAAAGAAGCAGCCGUGGCGCCUUCCCCUUUCCUCGAUCGAGCAGCUUCUCUGAGGCAUCUUUCAACACAGGAUUGCAUCUGCCAAAUCGGUUCGCGAGGCCGGGAGCCGAACCCUUGAAUCACCCCAGUAUGUCAUAUGCGCGACGGCCAAUGGAAUACAGCAUUUCCAGACCGGGUACUGGCAUGGUCGUCGGGUAUGAUAAUUCUCGAGCAAUGGAAGGCUCGGUUUCUCCAACCGGGCAGCAGGAACAGUCUGCUGUGCCUUACAAUGUCGAACACCACCACCAACAACUCCCCCAUUAUCAAACCCCCCUGACUAUGCCCGUCCCCAAAGCUUUUGGUGGCAUCGACCUGAACUCACAUAUGCAACCGCGACAUAUGCCAUCUUUACACUCAAUACCGGUGUCCGAAGCCCCUGAUUACCGACCCUACUCCUACGAGCACCAUCCGUACGGCAUGCAGACGGGGAUACCUUACUCGCAAGCUAAUGCCUCGAGCAUGAGCCUUCCUGCCACCUUUCCACCCGAAACAGGGAGCGCCGCUCCCACUGCUGCGACCGCCGAAGACCGAAUCGGCCACGCUCCACAGAUCUUGGAUCCUUUGAGGGCCAAGUUUGGCAACCCGUCCUACGACUAUGCCAGUUACAUGUGA